UUGUUCACGUUCUUCAGAAAAAUAAACAUACAUAACCUAAAAUUAAUAAACAAAUAUGAUACAGCUGGCAUAGAAUCGCAUCUAUUGCUAUUGAUGAUAUUAUAAUAGUAAUAAUAAUAGUUCCUUUCGAAUUAUAUUUUUCCUCUCUUAUCUCACAAAAAUCAUCUAAGGUACUUGAGUUUAUAGACUUCUGAAUUUGAAUUAAAAUGUUAGAAAAUACAGAGGUAGUUCCACAAAAUAAUGUAAAUCAAGAAAAUGAUAAAAUAGAUGAGGAGUAUGCGUAUUUAGAUAGAGGUGGUUUCUCUUCAGAGAAAUUUAAAAUUGAAUUACGAGGGCUACCUAAGUUUUAUGGAAUUGCAGAAUUAAAGAAACUAAUGAAUCAGAAACUUAGUCUUAACACUAGUAAAAUAAAACGACCUAAGAAUGGCAGCCACUGGCUGUAUGCAUGCUUCCAAAACGAUGAUGAAAGAACCAAGGCUAUAACAGCUCUUAAUGGUUAUUCUUGGAAAGGUAAAACACUGAUAGCUGAAGUAGCCAAACCAGCACCAGAUCCUCUAGUAAGGAAAAGAAAACAAGAUGAAGAAGAUACAGUACAAGGUAAGAAGAAAAAAGAAGAUGCUACAAAAAGUCAAGAAGAAAGAUUGAAGGAUGCCACAAUCCCAUAUUGGAAUAUGCCUUAUGAAAAUCAGCUUACCUUAAAAGAGAAAGAAAUUAGGCAUCUACUUAUGAAGUUUGACAAUGAAAUAUGGAAAAUUAACAAAAUGAAUAGAGAUGAAUUAGAAGCCAAACGAAAGCUAUACAAUGGAUUAAGUUUCGAACUGAUGGGGAUAAGAAAAUCGCCUGUUACAGAAGGAUACAGAAACAAAUGCGAGUUCACAGUUGGUGUGGAUGAGGAGACUAAUCUGCCGACGGUGGGAUUUCGACUCGGCGGUUAUGUCACUGGUACUGUGGCAGUUGCUCCAAUACAAUCCUUAUACCACAUCUCUGAGGGAACUAAAAAAGCUGUUUUGUUGUUUGAAGAUUUUGUUCGCAAGUCUGAUCUGCCCCCGUUUUCACCAGCAGACUAUUCAGGUUAUUGGAGAUAUCUAACUGUCAGACAUUCUAUGUCAACUGGGGAUAUUAUGCUUAUUGUUUAUCUGCAUUUGCAGGAUCUAUCUGAGGAACAGUUAGAAUCUGUAAAGAAACAGCUAAUCGAACAUUUCAGUACAGAAGAGGCUACUGCUUGUGGAAUCAAAUCACUGUAUUUUCAACAGCUCACUAAAAGGAGGAUUGGUGAAGACACUUCUAAAGCGGAGCACUUGAUGGGAUCUACGCAUAUAACUGAUAGUAUAUUAGGACGUCAGUUUAGAAUAUCUCCUGAAGCAUUCUUUCAAGUAAACACGGCAGCCGCCGAAAUCUUAUACCAAAGUGCAAUCGAUAUGAGUGAUAUUAAAGCGGACUCCACUAUAAUAGACAUAUGCUGUGGCACAGGAACUAUUGGAUUGUGCUUCGCUAAGCACUGCAGUAAAGUUUUCGGGCUCGAGGUCGUACCCGAGGCAGUAAAAGAUGCUCACGCGAAUGCCAAAUUGAACAACAUAGAAAACUGCGAUUUCUUCACGGGCAAGGCUGAGGAUAUCUUACAGUCUGUUCUAGCUAGAACUACAGCUGAUGAUAUUAUAGCUAUUGUUGAUCCCCCUAGAGCUGGCCUUCAUAUGCGAGCUAUAACCCAACUGCGCAACACAAAGAAGGUAAAGCGAUUAGUGUACAUAACAUGCAGCCCGGCGUCGGCUGUGAAAAACUUGACGGACUUAGCGCGGCAGUCGUCAAAGACACUACGCGGCGCUCCGUUCGUCCCCGUCCGAGCGGUCCCCGUGGAUAUGUUCCCGCAUACGAAGCAUGUCGAAUUAGUGAUACUCUUUGAAAGAGAACAAGAGGAAGUCAGUAUCAAAGAAGACAACGCUCACGAAGUUAAGGAAGAUAUAAAAAGUGAUGCUGAAUAAUAAUUUCUGUCAUUAGUAUAAUUAUAAUGAUUUAAUUUUUAAAUAAUUAUAGUUCGAAACUGUAAAAAAGAGAGAGAGAGAGAGAGAAGAAAAUUUGUCACUCUGAAUAUAAAUAGCUAAUACAAAAAAGUAUUUUAUAUAUGGAACAAUAUAUACCCAAGGGAUUAGAAGUCUGCCUUGACUAUUUACCAAUCUAACAAUUCCCAUUUCAAACGGUUUAAAAUCUACAAUUUUCCAAUUAUGUACGGACUAUUAAUAAUAGUUGCAAUUGCAAACCGUAAUCUAAGUUCGCAUCGACAAUUUGUAAGUAAUUGUUGUGUUCAUUAUUUAAUAAUCGUCAAUCAUAAUUCUUUACAAUUGAGAAUUGCUCAUAACAUUGUUAUAUAAUAAAAGCCCUUUCCUUUUAUUUGAUAAAAAUAUAUAAAAACUAGAUUAUAGUAAAAAAAAUACUUCAGUAGUAUUUCAUUACCCAUAUAGCAACACGUGCCUAGUGAUGUUCCAUUUCUUGUUGUUAAAUCUAUAUACAUAACGUUUAUAUUUAUAUAAAGAAAAAGUAUUCUUAUAUUUUUACGUAAUGGUAAAUUACAAUAAAGGUAUAAAAAGUUUAUUACAAAGUAUAAAUAUGGUUGUACCUAAUGUUACUUAAAAAGUGGUAAGUGAUAAUAGUUCAUGAAUCCAUUAAAAUAAUAUAUGAUAAUGUUUCAAAUAAAACACUUUGUUAGUAACGUAACAAUUGAAACGAUAUAUUUUAAUUAUUUAGUUGAAAUACUAUUGAUGCUCCU